GCUUCCGUUGUGCAUCUUAAAAGACUCAAGUCUAUGUUGUUCAAAACUCUGAUAUUUUAAAAUUUCUUUACAAACAAUUACUCGAGUUUUCAUGAUCGAGUAUCUUUUCUUCUAUGUAUCAGCACUUGGUUAGUCAUGUAUCGCAACCAAUGCUUGAUUUUAUUUUCCCCUUAUUUCUUUCCCCGCUUCUUUAAUCCUCCCCUAGUCGCGAUCAUCCGUGUUUUCUAUCCUUAGAAAAUGCGGUCGUGACAUCUUCUCGUUAUUCAUAUCUGUUAUUAUUCCUAUUACAUAGAGGAUUAAGUGUAAUUUUAAUUGCAAUUUGUAGUAUUCAUAUUGGAUAUGAGCCCUAUUCAGCCAUUCAAUUCAUGUCCUAUCCUGAUCCUGAUUCAUCUAUUCCUUCUUUAUUUAGAAACACUAUUUAUUUACAGCCUGCGUGAUGUGUGUCAGCUCGGAAGUUGUUUUGUGACCGAGAAUUAUAUGAGCAAUGGAAGGUAAUAAUACUCAAGAAGCACUAACAAAGGCAGUAGAGUCUGGAAAAAAUGUGAUCAAUGAGGAGAGUUUACAGAGGAAGAUAUUAGUGGAAAACAAGAAAAUGUGGGUGGUGGCCGGCCCGGCCAUCUUCACCCGAUUCUCCACGUUUGGGAUAAAUGUCAUUAGCCAAGCCUUUGUAGGCCACAUCGGUUCCACUGAGCUUGCUGCCUAUGCUCUCGUCUUGACCCUCCUUACUCGAUUUGCCAACGGAUUGCUGCUUGGAGCAGCCAGUGGAUUGGAAACUCUAUGUGGGCAAGCCUAUGGUGCAAGGCAGUAUCAUAUGCUUGGGAUCCAUCUUCAAAGAUCAUGGAUUGUUUUGAUAAUUAUGUCAACUUCACUCAUCCCAAUCUACGUAUGUGCAGCCCCUCUCUUAAGAGCUCUAGGACAGAACGAAGUGAUUGCUGAAGAGGCCUGGAAAAUCGCCCUCUGGUUCAUUCCAGUGAUGUACUCCUUCGUCGUCUCAUUUACCUGCCAAAUGUACUUGCAAACACAGAGCAAAAACAUGAUCAUAACAUACCUUGCAGUGUGCUCACUCUCGAUCCAUCUCUUUCUCUCAUGGCUUCUAACUGUCAAGUUCCGCUUUGGUGUCACCGGAGCAAUGGUGUCCACUGUCUUGGCCUACUGGAUUCCAAAUAUCGGCCAGUUGAUCUUUGUCACGUCAGGAGGAUUCCCUGAGAUGUGGACAGGCUUUUCAACCUCGGCUUUCAGUGAUCUUUGGCCAGUGGUCAAGCUUUCCGUGUCAUCAGGCGCUAUGCUUUGCCUCGAGCUCUGGUACAACGCGAUACUGAUACUUUUGACGGGAAAUUUGGAGAAUGCUAUGGUAGAAGUUGAUGCCCUUGCAAUCUGUCUCAACAUCAUUGGCUGGGAAAUGAUGAUAUCUCUUGGAUUCUUGGCUGCAGCAAGCGUACGCGUUUCAAACGAGCUUGGGAAGGGCGAUUCCAGAACUGCAAAGUUCUCCAUUGUCAACAUAGUGGUGAUCUCACUAGCCAUAGGGCUGGUGCUGUUUGCACUCUUUCUAGUCUUUCGCAAGCGCCUGGCUUAUGUAUUCACGGAGGAUCGUGCUGUGGUUGCUGAGGUGGCUCGGUUGUCGCCUCUGCUGGCAUUCUCCAUCCUCAUGAACAGUGUCCAGCCAGUUCUUUCUGGAGUGGCGAUUGGGGCCGGUUGGCAGAGUGUGGUUGUCUAUGUUAAUAUUGGAUGCUACUAUUUGAUAGGAAUUCCUAUUGGAGUUUUGCUUGGUUAAGCAAUGAAAUUACAUGUUGAGGGUGUGUGGAUUGGAAUGCUGAUAGGCACUUUGAUUCAGACUAUAAUGCUGAUGAUCAUAACUAAGAGAACUGAUUGGGAUAAACAGGUCUCAAUUUCCCGACGAUGGCUUAACCGAUGGAUGGUCAACGAUCGACCUAAUGAUCGGUCAGCAGAGUCCGUCUGACCAGCAGGAUUCUCGUCUUCGUCGUCGUACAUAAGAAACCAAGCAUGCCAAAAUGUUACAUCCCCUUUUCUAGUGGUAUAAGUUGAGAGAAUGUUCACCUCAUUCUAGUAUGGUGUAUUUUCUUAUAUAAAUAGAGCCCAUUUUUCUUAAAACUUGUUAGUAUUUGGUUUCUGUUCAGUUGAAUUGCACAAUAAGCACUCAGCAACAGAAAUUGUCACGCUUGUAGAUUAAGGUAAGUUAUAUGGAGUAUCUCUUUUCCAGAUUCCUUUUUAUGAAUAUAUUUUCUUGUGUUUCUCUGUAACUACUAAACAAAAGAAACUGCGUCAAGGAAUAGAAAAGUGUUACUUUCACCCUCUGGAUUUUAUUUAUGAAAAA